GGAGUCUUUGAUAUCGAAACCCGAAAAGAUAAUCUUUAGAGACAUAUGGGUUUGUUUGGGGUGUGGUGGACUGGAAGUGUUAUAGGGUUUCUUGUAUUGGUGCCUGGAAUUCUGGGCUGGGGCAAAGAAGGCCACUAUACAGUUUGCAAGAUAGCAGAGGGAUUUCUUAGUGAAGAUACUUUAGCUGCAGUGAGGGAAUUGCUACCAGAAUCUGCUGGAGGUGAUCUUGCUGCAGUUUGCUCCUGGCCUGAUGAGAUUCGCUUUCAUUAUCGAUGGAGUAGUGCUUUGCACUAUGUUGACACACCGGAUUUUCUCUGUAACUACAAUUACAGCAGAGACUGCCAUGACUCCGCUGGACAUAAAGGUAGAUGUGUAACUGCCGCAAUUUACAACUAUACAAUGCAACUGUUGACUUAUCAGGAUUCCAUCUCAAAAUCGAAAUACAACUUAACAGAGGCACUUCUUUUCUUGUCUCACUUUAUGGGGGAUAUCCAUCAGCCCUUACAUGUCGGUUUCACUGGAGACCUAGGGGGGAACACGAUAAUAGUCCGUUGGUAUCACAGGAAGACAAAUCUUCACCAUGUGUGGGAUAAUAUGAUAAUUGAAUCUGCCGUAAAGACAAUCUACAGGAAGGAUCUUGAUCUCAUGAUAGAGGCCAUUCGGAGAAAUAUCACGGAUGCUUGGUUCAAUGACAUGUCAGCAUGGCAGAUUUGUGCAAAUAAUCGGAGUACAGUUUGUCCAAAUGAGUAUGCUUCUGAAAGCAUUCGUUUGGCCUGCAAGUUUGCUUACAGGAAUGCCACUCCAGGAAGCACUCUGAAUGAUGAUUACUUUCUUUCUCGGCUGCCUGUCGUGGAGAAGCGCCUAGCUCAAAGUGGGGUUCGAUUGGCUGCUGCCCUCAAUCAUAUCUUCUCUUCUGAACCAAAAGUUUCUGAAGCAUGAAGAAGUUCUUCUAGUAGAAAAGAUCAGGAUGGUGAUGCUUUGCAUCUCCAGAAGAACACACAAUUGGCCUUGCCAUUUAUUGCUUAUAAGUUAUAAGCUCUUGACUUUUUGAGCUAUCAAGCUAUCCAGGCUCCUCAUGUUUAAGUCAUCUGCUUACUGUAAUGUAUUCCUCAUAUGGUGGUGAUGCUCCAUUUAUGCUGGAAGAUACCCCAUUAACCCACCUUGCUUGUGUUAAAAGUCAACUUUUGGGGUACAAAUAAUAAUGGUUAGAUGAAACUUGUACUCAUUGACAACCUUUGGUGACUUGUAAAUUGACGUAACUAAGUCCUGCCAAAGGCCUAUAAAUAAUAUGUAUAGUGUCAUUUAUCCUUUUAUUGCA